AUGAGGAUUCGCCCGGGAUGCGUGGCUGCAUUAUUUGUGCUGCUGCAAAUCGCUUUUGUGGCGAGCAAGGCAGUCGAUCAGAGUCAACUACAACAAAAGUCUCAGCAACAAACUCCAUAUGGCACAGCGGCACAAAAGAGAUGGGGUGGUGACUUGGGAGGUCACGGCGGUGAUCUAGGUACCGGUUACGGUGGAGACUUCAGCAGUCAUGGUGGAGAUUUAAAUGGUCAUGGUGGUGACCUCGGCGGUAAUCUUGGAGGUGGCUUCGGUCAUUCUGGAGGAGCUGCCAUUUCCGCAAGUUUUGGCCAUUCUGGAGGUAGUGGUAUCGACGGUAGUCUGGGUCAUUCCGGAGGUGGUGACAUCGGUGGUGGUUAUAGUCAUUCCGGUGGCGGUGAUAUUGGUGUUGGUUUUGGUCACUCUGGAAAUGGAGGUGGCGCUACAGUCGAAGAACAUCACGAUGAUCAUCAUGAUCAUCAUGAUAAAGGGUAUUGGAAGAAGAAAUUAAUCUGGAAACCAGGAUGGAAGAAAAUAUGGAAACCUGCGAAGAAACAAAUUUGGAAGCCCGCUUGGAAGAAAAUUUGGAAACCUGUGUGGGAACCAACGAAGAAAGCAGUGUGGAAGAACAUCGAGGUACCAGCUUGGAAAAAGAUUUGGAAGCCAGUAUGGAAGGAAAUACAGGUCCCAGUGUGGAAGGACAUUCAAGUACCAGCAUGGAAGAAAGUCUGGAAACCCGUCUGGAAACCUAUAAAGGUUCCAGCUUGGAAAGAAAUUCAGGUACCCGCGUGGAAAAAGAUCUGGAAGCCGGUUUGGAAAGAAAUUCUGUGGCAAUAUAGUAGCCAUGAUUUGUGGAAGAAAAAACUAAUCUGGAAACCUUUAUGGAAAAAGUAUUGGAAACCGGCGAAAAAACAGAUUUGGGUACCAGACAAAAAGUUAGAGUGGGUAGAAGCCUGGAAGCAAAUCUGGAAGCCAGCUAAGAAACAAAUUUGGGUAGAUGAUAAGAAACUGAUAUGGAAGGAAGAAUGGAAACAGAUCUGGAAACCAUCCAAAAAACUUAUUUGGGUACCUGAUAAAAAAUUAGAAUGGAAGGAGGCUUGGAAACAAAUUUGGAAGACUGAAAAGAAACUGGAAUGGAUACCUGAUAAGAAAUUAGCCUGGAAAGAAGCUUGGAAACAGAUCUGGGUACCAGCCUGGAAGGAAAUUUGGGUUCCAGCAUGGAAGAAAAUUUGGAAGCCAGUCUGGAUAUCGGAAUGGUUUCCCAUAGAUGACCAUCAUCCUCAUCAUCACGGCUGGGAAGAUCGAAAGGAUACUCAGGCUCAAAGUACUCAAGUAGUUCCUUACAAUCCUGACAAUAUCUCAAAGCAAAAUGUUCAAGGUCAGCAACAACAACGGCAAGUCGAUGAGAAUAAAGUUAGGUGGGAUAGAUCAUCGAAAACUGAAGCUCCAUCGAUAAGUCAAGACCUGGUACCACCGCCGGCAUCAAAUAAUCAGAGCGGCCUGGCAGGCAAUUUCGCGUUCCCUAAUCACUGA